AUGUCUGAUUGUAGUUCUAAGAAGAGAAAUUAUAAUAUCGCACAGGAGGGUUCUCGUGCAGGCAAUGCCAUGUCACGGCUUCUUGGAGGAGGACUUGAUUUCAAAACAUUUAUAUAUCUAUUCAUUCUCCUCCCACUCUCCAUCUUCUUUAUCUAUUUGCAUGGUCAGAAGCUCACUUAUUUCUUGAGACCUCUUUGGCAAUCCCCUCCCAAACCAUUUAACAUCCUUCCCCAUUACUACCACCCCAACGCUUCCAUGGAGUUGCUCUGCACUCUUCACGGCUGGAAUAUCCGCCAUUCUCCUAGAAGAGUCUUCGACGCUGUCUUGUUCAGCAACGAGGUCGAUAUGCUGACCAUCCGUUGGAACGAGUUAAAUCCUUACAUUACGCAGUUUGUGCUUCUCGAAUCCAACUCCACUUUCACCGGUCUCUCAAAACCCUUGGCUUUCGCAGAAAAUCGCCACAAGAUUUUCGAGUUCGUUGAGCCAACAAGGCUGUCUUAUGGGCACGUAGGAGGAGGAGGAGGAAGAUGGAAGAAAGGCGAGAACCCGUUUCUGGAAGAAUCAUUCCAAAGGCUCGCACUGGACCAGCUUAUCAAACUUGCUGGUAUAAAAGAAGAUGAUCUUUUGAUCAUGUCCGAUGUUGACGAGAUCCCGAGUGGCCACACCAUCAAUCUGCUUAGAUGGUGCGACGGAUACCCACCGGUUCUUCACCUUCAGCUCAGAAACUACCUCUACUCAUAUGAGUACUAUCUCGACUACAAAAGCUGGAGAGCCUCUGUUCAUCUCUACAAGCCUGGGAAAACAAGGUAUGCUCAUUUCCGGCAAAGCAACAAUCUUUUGGCGGACUCAGGAUGGCAUUGCAGCUUCUGUUUCAGACACAUCAGAGAUUUUGUGUUCAAGAUGAAAGCCUACAGCCAUACUGACCGUGUUAGAUUCUCACAUUACCUCAACCCGAAAAGAAUACAAGAUGUGAUCUGCAAAGGAACUGAUCUUUUCGAUAUGUUUCCUGAAGAACACACUUUCAGAGAGAUUAUCGGAAAACUAGGUCCGAUACCGAGGUCCUACUCAGCUGUUCAUCUCCCUAGAUAUCUGAUCCAGAAUGCUGAUAGUUACAAGUAUUUGUUACCCGGGAACUGUGUAAGAGAAACUGCCUGAUAGUGAUUGGUAAGCGGCUUUAUUGCUUUUGUUCUCUCCUCUGUAUAUACAUAUUUACCAGACGUCUCAAAUGUCUCAUUUCUAUCUUAUUAUUAUUGCAUGUCUUAAUUUGAAAAACCAGACUAGUGUUUAUGUAAGAAAUGACUUCUUCUUUUUUUUGUUACUAUGAUGAUAUGGGCCACAAAAUUUAUUACUCACAAACAAGACUUCUUUCUAUGAUGAAACAAACGAGACCUCAGUUCUAUAUAUAGAAAAAAAGUGAUCAAAGAUAUAAACAGAUAGCCUGGCAUUAAUUUCAACUAAAGAUGAACUUACAACUCACAAACAAUUAGUAUUAUAUAUUGAUUACCUUGUUAGAGCAUAGAGAUUAAACCGUAGAUGAGGCGAGAUCUAAAGCGGAGUGACCGAGUGAGACAAAUAAACGGUGGGGUAGGACAAAUAGCUGCGAAAAAUAUUAUCCAAUCCAGUAUCUGCUUCUUCUGGUGAUGUUCAUGGUCAUGUGAAUUGUUAGUAGAGGAGGAAAGAUCCAUGACGAUUUGCUGCUGCUUUUCCUAUAAAACUACAGACUUUUAUGAGUUUAUCCAUCAAAGAACCGAGGGAGACAAGGAACUGACUGAGGCUGAGUCCAACUUCCUUUUUUGAGCAAACAUGGAUUCCAUUAGAUAGAGUCUUACACUCCCGCAAGGGAGGGAAUUACAACAGCAUGAGACAAUGCUAGCUUUGCCACCAAAUCAGCCUCAGAGUUUUGUAAACGCGGAAUAAAACGAAAAAGACAGGACAUCAAAGUAAGAACUGAAAUGAUAAAUAUCAAACAAAAUACCAAACAAGGCUGGUCUUGAUUCCUUUCCUUUCAACAGCCUGAUGAGGGAUAGAGAAUCCGACAGGAUCAUCAGGAAUUUAAUGUUUGAAAACGCAGCAUUCAUUACUGCCAAACGAACAGCGAGGGCCUCAGCCAUUAACGCAGACGAUACAAGGGUCCGAGACUCGGAGAUUUGGGGAAGGCGAGAGGCCGGGUGUGAGCCAGAGAACAGACCUCUCAGACCGCAGGUUCCAGAGGUAGCAUCCCAUGCCGCAUCAACAUGACAAGUCGCAUCAGUAGGAACUUGGGGAGUUGGGGCUUGCCGUAGGAGAUGGUAGUAGUUAGGCCUGCUACCGGAACCAAUUGCAGAGUUUCUUGCCACUCUCGGGCAUCACAAAUGGAUUUAGUGACAAUCUCUAUUGCAGAGAAAGUGCGAUCUUCAAAGCACAAUUUAUUCCUAGCCUUCCACAGAUUCCAAAGAAUCCAGAGCCAAAGCGGGACGAGGAGCUCCGAAGGGGGAAGGUUUCUAAGUGUCAAACAAGUGGAGAGGAGAAA